AUGAGUUCACCACACUUCAAAAAUGGUGGUUAUGGUUUCUGUGGGGAAAUGAAUAUUUCCCCUUCAACUCAUGUUCCUUCUUCUUCUUCUUCUUCUCAUCUCCAACCUUCUCUGCCUAAUCCUUUUGGAAUGAUGGGUCAUGCUGGGGACACAGAAUCUGAGAGGUGUGAUAAAGCCUUUCAGAUUUUGAGCCCCUCAGUGUUCCAUCCCCAAGAGAACCCCAUAACAAGGAGAACCAUUGAUGAAGGGGAUGAUGGGAAUUUUGGGGUUGAAAGCAAAAGCUUGUCUUUGAAACUUGGUGAGGAAGUUGAAGCUAAGAGUUCUUCAGCCACAGGGAAAAUCGGGUACACUAAGCUUUGUGUUAGAGGUCAUUGGAGGCCAGCUGAAGAUGCCAAACUUAAAGAGCUUGUUGCUGAAUUCGGUCCUCAAAACUGGAAUUCCAUCGCUGAGCAUCUUAAAGGAAGAUCAGGAAAAAGUUGCAGACUGAGGUGGUUUAAUCAGCUGGAUCCUAGAAUUAACAAAAUGCCUUUCAGUGAGGAAGAAGAGGAGAGGCUCUUAACUGCUCAUAAAAUGUAUGGCAACAAAUGGGCUAUGAUUUCUAAAUUCUUUCCUGGUAGAACAGACAAUGCAGUCAAGAACCAUUGGCAUGUGAUCAUGUCUAGGAGGCAAAGGGAGGAAUCAAGUGUCUAUAGAAGGAGAAAACCCACAUUUCAAAGUUUUCCAAAUGGUUUAAAUUUGACUUUAUCAAACAAUGUAGCUAGUGAAUCAACCAUGUCAAGCCCCAUUGAUGAAUCUGCUUCAACCUGCACUACUAACCUCUCCCUCACCACCUCUUCAGCCAAUCCAAUUCCUAGACCUUUUCAUAACAUGAAUCCUGUUCAGAAUUACCAAGCCUUUGGAUCACUAAUGAGUUUAUAUGGAGAAAGCAGGGUACCAACCAAGGAUGUGGGUUUUGACAAUAUUUUUAGUGCUUGGAACGGUUCACAUGUGCGUGGAUCCAUGGUAAAACUCAUGGGUGUGGACCAAUCCAAUUAUUCAGAUUCAAACUCUGAAGUUUCAGUAUCUGAGUCAGUUGCUAACAAGAAGAUCAAUCUCUCUAUUUCUGGGGAAAGUGCAAAUGGUGGUGAUAAAAUUAACAUGCCAUUCAUUGACUUUCUUGGGGUUGGAGCUACAUAG